CGGCAUCUAGCUCUCUGUACAAUUCUCUGGAGAUAUUUCCUAGAGCCAUAUUGCAGAUUUUCGUAACUCAGUGACAGAAGAGUUAAACGUUCGUCAUCAUGAACUCGAAGAUUCUCUUUGUGUUGGUCUUGGUGGUCAUCAUCGGCCUUAGUGAGCAGCGAGGAUUCAGGCGUGGAGGCAUGAGGAACAACAUGAAAGACCAUAAAAAUGAUGGUCAGGGUCAAGGAGACAUGAAAGGUCAGGGCAAGGGACAAGGUCAGGGUCAAGGACAAGGCCAGGGACAAGGAGACAUGGACGGUCAGGGUCAAGGAAAGGGACAAGGAGAAGGACAAGGCAAGGGACAAGGACAAGGCCAGGGACAAGGAGACAUGAACGGUCAGGGACAAGGAGAAGGACAAGGCAAGGGACAAGGACAAGGCCAGGGACAAGGAGACAUGAACGGUCAGGGUCAAGGAAAAGGACAAGGAGAAGGACAAGGCAAGGGACAAGGACAAGGCCAGGGACAAGGAGACAUGAACGGUCAGGGUCAAGGAAAGGGACAAGGAGAAGGACAAGGCAAGGGACAAGGACAAGGCCAGGGACAAGGAGACAUGAACGGUCAGGGUCAAGGAAAAGGACAAGGAGAAGGACAAGGCAAGGGACAAGGACAAGGCCAGGGACAAGGAGACAUGAACGGUCAGGGUCAAGGAAAAGGACAAGGCAAGGGACACGGACAAGGCCAGGGACAAGGAGACAUGAGCGGUCAGGGUCAAGGAAAGGGACAAGGAGAAGGACAAGGCAAGGGACAAGGACAAGGCCAGGGACAAGGAGACAUGAGCGGUCAGGGUCAAGGAAAGGGACAAGGAGAAGGACAAGGCAAGGGACAAGGACAAGGCCAGGGACAAGGAGACAUGAACGGUCAGGGUCAAGGAAAGGGACAAGGAGAAGGACAAGGCAAGGGACAAGGACAAGGCCAGGGACAAGGAGACAUGAACGGUCAGGGUCAAGGAAAGGGACAAGGAGAAGGACAAGGCAAGGGACAAGGAGACAUGAACGGCCAGGGCCAGGGUCAGAGUCAAGGCCAGGGAAAACACAGCAGUCGUAAUGGAGGAAGUCAGCGCGGAUCUAGAGGAAGAAUGGGAGGUCGAGGAAGCCAUAAUUAGAUCGAAGAUAAAUUUCAACCAAUCACCACCAUCGUUACAGAUUUGAUUUAAUGAAACUAUCUCAACUUACUUUUGAUGUGACAGUGUGUUUUAUUUGCUACUCCCAUCGUGACACACACUCUUUUAUGGAUGAACUUUGUCUAAACGUUGAUAAAAACAAAUAUGAACUAAAUUUUAAGUGCAAUAUUAUAUAGAUUUAACUUUUUUAAGUGUUAAAUUGCAAGAUAUUUUGCUUAGUCAAUUACACCACUGCCUUUAAAAGCAGAUUUUAAUGACGCAUAAAUAUCUCGGAAAUAAAAUGUUCUAGAACUGCUAA